UUUUUUUUUUUGGGCUUAAUUAACAAAAUUCCUAUUAAUUAUAAAUAAUUAGCCAGGAAAAUAAAUUAUAUUAUCAACCUAAUUGGUCAAACUGCAUCAGCGAUUAUUGCAUGCUACAAAAUAACAGUUAUCCAUGUUGGUACACUCAUUUCGCUCUCUGUUAAUAGUCAUCAUUUUUAAAUUGUCAUUAUAGUUGCUGGACUACAAGAAUUUCGUCAAUAGUUUAUCCAAAACAAAUUGCAACGAGCAAAUCCUUCACUCUAAUGGGGAAACUUAAUCUUUAAAGUGUCUUGUUUAUGAGUAGGUUUUUUCAUCUUUUUGAUUUUAGUUUUCUCGAGUUCCCUUUGUACAGUGUACUCCAAAUCGAGGAGUAACAUACACAUGCUAAUGGACGGUAUGGUAGAUUAUUCUAUGAUUAAAUAGAAUAUUCUGAUUAUCAUGUAUAACAAACAACAAAAAGUAAUGUGUUUAACAGUGCUUUAGUAUGUGAAUUUUGCAUUUUUAUUGCAUGACAUGUUAGCCACGGCAAAAGUAACUUCUUCACUUUUACGGAAGAAUAGAAAUUCGAUUUUUUUCAAUUUAUUGGUAUUGUAUGAUAUAAUUAAUUGUGAAAUAUUUUGAAUAUGCGAUUUCUAACAUAUGGGCGUUUGCCCUAUCCUAACCCGUUUCAUUACAGUUCAACUCCAGAUAGAGGAAGUCAGCCGAAAACUUCGUUCAGGCGACCUAGGGAUCUCACCGAAUCCUGAAGAAAGAUCACCUUCUCCAGAGCCUAUAUACAGUAGCGAUGGGAAACGUUUGAAUACAAGAGAGUUUCGAACAAGACGGCGACUUGAAGAGGAGCGUCACAAUUUGGUUUUACGAAUGCAGACAAUUAAUCCAGAAUUUAAACCACCUGUUGAUUAUAAUCGGCCGCCUGUAAUCAGGGUGAGUGAUAAAGUUAUGAUUCCCCAAGAAGAGCAUCCCGAAAUCAACUUUGUCGGAUUGUUAAUUGGACCAAGAGGAAAUACUUUAAAAACAAUGGAAAAAGAAACUGGUGCGAAGAUCAUCAUACGUGGUAAAGGUAGUGUCAAGGAGGGGAAAGUGGGCCGCAAGGACGGACAACCAUUACCGGGAGAAGACGAACCAUUGCAUGCCUACAUCACAGCUACCAAUCCAGAGAACGUGAAGAAAGCUGUAGAAAAGAUUAAGGAAGUCAUUCGUCAAGGCGUUGAAGUACCCGAGAGCCAGAACGACUUACGUCGUAUGCAGUUACGAGAGUUGGCACAAUUGAAUGGAACAUUGCGCGAAAAUGAAGGUUUAAGGUGCAAUAAUUGCGGUGCAACUGAUCACAAAUCGUGGCUGUGUCCAGAUAAGCCCAAUGUGACCAACAAUAUAGUGUGCUCCAGUUGUGGUGCUGCAGGACAUAUUGCCAGAGAUUGUAGACAAAAGAGACCGGGUCAAGGCGGCCCACCAGUUACAGGAGAUAAAGCAAAAAUAGAUGAAGAAUACAUGUCACUGAUGGCAGAAUUAGGUGAAGGUCCUCCACCACAAACAACUACGAGCAGUACCACUUCAACUACGACAAGAAAAAUAACAACCGGUAUAAAUCUGUUUGAACAGCAAAUGCAACCGAGACCCCUCAUGCCACCCCCUCCUACUAUCCAAUCACAUAUCCUACAUUCCACCAUUAAUGGAAUGAGUGCUGCCCCAUGGGCUACAGCCGCUAACUUAACCUGGCAGCCGGGACCUCCUGGUAUAAUGCCACCCCCUCCGCCACCUGGUGCAUCGAGUCCUCCUCAGAUAGGAAUGAGUUGGAUGGCUACAAAUAAUCAGCCUCCACCUCCUGGCGCUUCAACCGCUACUACUACUGUUACUUCAAUGCAACAGUGGCAAAGCACUCAGUUUGUUUGGCCACCGGCACCUCCCAGCGCUAGCUUAGCGCCACCGCCUCCACCAGGAAUAGACAUGAGCAGCUUGUUGUCUGCCCCUCCACCACCGCCUCCAUCUUAAACUGUGUACAAGUGUGCAUAUUUUCAUAUUGCAGUUUCUAUUAAGUAAGAAAUUAAUUCUUAAUAAUGGGUAAAAUGUAGUUACAUGAUUUUGUAAUUUUAAUUGUAGGAUGUAUUACGAGAAAAAUUAAUAUGUAAGCAUUGAUGUUGAUAAUUUUGAAUGUGGAUGUAUAUACAUAGGAAUCUAUGUAACAAUAAAAUACAAUAGUGGUA